AUGGCAGAAGGAGCUAUAAUCAGUGUUGUGGCCUCCAUCAUCAGACUGCUUGGUACUCCAGCAUUUAAAGAGCUCGGAAACUUUUGGGGUCAUAAAAAGAAGUUUGAGAAGCUUGAGAAAACAAUGAGCUUACUGGAAGCAGUAAUCCAUGAUGCAGAGGCAAAGCAGGUCGAUAGCCAUCAAAUUAAACACUGGCUUCAGAGGCUUGAAGAUGCAGUUUAUGAUGUUGACAACUUGUUGGAAGAAUUUCAGACUGAAGCUUUAAGGCGUCAAGUGAUGUCUGGGAAUGAAGCCACCAAGAAGGUUAGGAAGACACUUAAAGGUAUUAAGGAUGAUAGCAUCUUUGGUAAAUUGAUACAACAAGUCCACCUAGAGCCACAUACUGAGCAUGCCAAUAACAGAGAGACUCACUCUUUUGCACGUGAUGAAGAAGUAAUUGGGAGGGAUGACGAUAAAAAGAAAAUUAUUGAUCUUUUGUUGUGUUCUGAUUCUCGAGAUAAGGAUAAUCCUUCAUUCCUUCCCAUAGUUGGUAUUGGUGGACUAGGAAAAACCACACUUGCUCAGUUUGUUUACAAUGAUAAGAAUGUUGAGAAAUAUUUUCACCUCAGAAUGUGGGUUUGCUUAUCUGGUUCGUUUGAACUGAAAAUAAUUCUUGAGAAAAUGAUUAAAUCGAUAAAGAAAAGAGCUUCUGUAGAACAAGGCCUUGACCUGGAUCAGUUGCAUGGUUCUGUAGAACAAGGCCCAGACGUAGAUCAGCUGCAGGGUUCUGUAAGACAAGGCCUUGACCUAGAUCAGUUGCAAAACUCACUUCGCCAAACGCUAAAUGGAAAAAGAUAUCUUCUUCUAUUAGAUGAUGUAUGGAAUGAAGAUAGAGAAAAAUGGCCUAAAUUAAGAACCUUGCUAAUGGAUGGUUCACGUGGUAGUGCAGUAUUAAUAACCACCCGCAACAUGGACAUUGCCCAAAUGAUGCAGACUAUUAAGCCGUAUGAGUUACAAGGUCUAGACCCAAAUAAGUCUUGGUCUUUGUUUAGGAAAGUGGCAUUCGAGAGAGGACAAGAACCUCAUAACUCAAACAUUGUAAGAACAGGAGAGGAGAUUGUAGAAAUGUGCAAAGGAGUUCCUAUUGCCAUAAGGACGAUCGGAAGCAUAUUGUAUGGCAAUAAUCUAGAGAAAGAGUGGGAAUCCUUUAAGAAUAAUAAACUUGCAAAGUUAUCUCAACACCAAAAUGAUCUUUUACCCACACUCCGAUUAAGUUAUGAUUGUCUUGCCUCUCAUUUGAAGCAUUGUUUUGCUUAUUGUAGAUUGUUUCCAAAAGAUCAUGUCAUUGAUGUACAAAAGCUGAUAAAACUCUGGAUGGCACAAGGUUUUGUUAAGUCCUCUAACCAAAACAAAUGUCUAGAAGAUAUUGGUUAUGGUUAUUUUGUAGAUUUACUUGGGAGAUCUUUUUUUCAAGAGGUUGAGAAAGAUAGGCAUCUUUUGAUAUAUGGAUGUGAGAAAUUGAGUCAUAUGCCUAGUGGACUUGGUGAAUUAACUUCUCUUAUCACUUUAGAUCGUUUUGUCAUAGCAGACAACAAUUCAAAGUCGAAAGAUGCUGCAGGGUUAGCUGAAUUGAGACGCCUAAACAACUUGAGUGGACAAUUAUUCAUUGAGAAGUUGAGCCAUAAUCUGCAGGGCGAUGCAGCAAAAUCAGAGGCUGCAAAUUUAAAGGAGAAAAAACAUCUUCAAUCUCUCUGUUUACGGUGGAGUGAUGAUGAUUCUGAUGACAGUGAUAUUGCACAGCAUGAUGAUGCAGAAGGUAGUGAUAUUGCCCAGCAUGAUGAAAUCUUGCUGGGAGGCCUUCAGCCACAUCCAAACCUAAAAGUAUUCCGAGUGGAGUGGUAUAUGGGUGUAAACUUUGCAAGUUGGCUUUCUUCACUCAGUAAUCUUCAAACUGCAAUUUUGAUGAAAGCAGUUGUAUCAUCUUCAUCAACCCCACCACUAGCCUCUACUUUUUCGGAUUCAAUUUUCAAUUCCUUUGCCCCAACCCCUCUCUCCAGAUUGCAAGCCUUGCAACUUCUAGAAACGGACGCUUUAAAAAUUUUGCCAGAGGAGAUAGUCAACCUCUUAUCCUCGUUGCAGAAUCUCAGUGUUGGAUACUGCCCCAAUUCGACAUCUUUGCAAAGUGGAAUAGGCAACCUCUCAACACUUGGUAGUCUAGAAAUCAGUGAAUGCCCCAAUUUGGUGACACUUCCUCAAGAGAUAUCCAAUCUCUCGUCUCUUAAAAGUCUUCAUAUUGAAAGGUGUUAUAAGUUGGAAUCAAUGCCAGGAGAGAUGCAUCGUCUCAUCUCUUUAAUCAAACUACACAUUUCUCAAUGUCCCAAUUUAGAAUCAUUACCAGAAGGGAUAAGCAAUCUCUCAUCUCUGGUAGUUCUUUCUAAGUUGGUAUCACUGCCUCAAAGGAUGCAUGGUCUCACCGCUUUAAACGCUCUCUCCAUUAUACGAUGUUUCAAUCUAAAAUCAUUGUCAGAAGGAAUAAGCAAUCUCUCAUCACUUAUAUAUCUUACUCUUGGUGGAUGUCGUAAAUUGGCAUCAUUGCCGGAAGGGAUAGGCAAUCUCUCAUCACUUCGAUAUCUAGCUCUGAGUAGAUGUGAUGAGUUGAAAACAUUGCCACAAGUGCUGCAUGGUCUCACCUCUUUAUAUGAAUUAGGUAUUGAACGAUGCUCCAAUUUAGAAUCAUUGUCAGAAGGGAUAGCCAAUCUCUCAUCGCUUACAAAACUCGUUAUUAAAAACUGUCGUAAGUUGGCAUCACUGCCGCAAGGGAUGCAUGGUCUCACCUCUUUAAGAAAGCUAGAUGUUGGAGGAUGUCCGAGUUUGAAAUCAUUGCCAGAAGGGAUAGGCAAUCUCUCAUCACUUGAAUAUCUUUAUCUUUCUGGAACAUCACUCCCACAAUGGCUGCAUGGUCUCACCUCUUUAAAGAAACUAUCCAUUGAUGGAUGUUCCAGUUUAGAAUCAUUGCCAGAAGAGAUAGCCCAACUCUCAACACUUGAAUGGUUUACUCUUUCAAGAUGUGAUAAGUUGGCAACACUCCCACAAGACCUGCAUCGUCUCACCUCUUUAUACUAUCUAUCCAUCCGCGAAUGCCCUCUCCUAUCACAAACAAUCAAAGAAAGUAGACGCGGCCUCAGCUCUAAGCUUGUUCGUAUCCCCAUAGCUUAUCUAGAUAGGAAACGCAUUCAUGCACACUGCUAUCCAACUUGUAUUAUAUGGCUAUCCAACUUGUAUUAUAUGGGUACGUUAAUUUCUAUAUCUUGCUUUCUUUGUUUCUUUUCUUUAUCCUUUGAUUUUGCGGUUAAGUUCAUGGAGAUAAAGCUCACUUCGUCUUUUUUUUUUGGUAGGCAUUUGCAGAUGCUUAACCAGUUGCAUCCAGCUAACUAA